AUGGAAGAGUUUUAUAAGAAUAAAAAGAUUUUGGUGACAGGUGGUACCGGUUUCUUAGGAUCGAUACUUGUCGAGAAGCUUCUAAGAAGUUUUCCUGACAUAUCGAAGCUCUACUUGUUGGCUAGGAAGAAGGGAACAAUGAAUCUUACUGAGAGGAGCAAAAAAUACUUCAAAGAUCCUCUGUUUGAGCGAAUGAUUUACCUGAAUCCUAAUUACUACAAGAAAGUUAUUUGGAUCGAAGGAGAUUUGACAAAGCCUUGUCUGAACUUGUCCAAUGACGAUAUGGCUGUGAUCAAAACCGUGGAUAUUGUUAUACAUCUUGGGGCUUCGAUAAAUAUGCAGAAUCCACUUCACGAGAUGAUCAAGAAUAAUUUGUUAGGAACGGCGGAGCUGCUCAAGAUCUGCUUAGAUAACAAAAACAUAAAGUGUUUCAUGUACGUUUCAUCUGCUUUCUCUAACGCGAGGAAAUCAUGUUUUCGCAUCGAAGAGAAGAUAUACGAAUCAGUAGUAAAACCAGAAACGUUGCUGGAUAUAUAUAACGCUUUGACCAAUGACGAAUUGAAUGAAAUUGAAAACACGUUAAUGCAAGAUUGGCCCAAUUCGUAUACGUUUUCAAAAAAUGUGACCGAAUGUCAUUGCGACGCGUUUAAAGACCAAAUGAGUAUAGGUAUCUUCAGACCUGGAAAUAUAACUUCCAGUUUCUCCGAGCCGUAUCCAUUCUGGGUAAAAAGCAAAGCUGGUUUAGUAGGUGCCAUCAUGCUGGUAGGAUCAAAUACAUUGCCAAGUUAUUACAUAAAAAAUACGACAAUGACGCACGCCGUACCUGUCGAUAUGACAGCCAAUGCUCUAAUUGCAUGCACCUACGAUAUCGUCAAGAAUAAAUCAAAGGACACCAAAAUCUACAACUAUACUUCCAACAACAACCCUAUUACCUACCGCGAAGUAUGCACGCAUACAACAAAAAACGAACAGUCUUCCCUUAUUACUAACAACUAUUAUUGGAAUGCGAUCAAAAAUUUUAUUUUCAUGUACAUUCCAUUUCUAUUCAUGGAUAUUUUCCGAUUCUUCACGCGACAGAAAACAAAGUAUCUACGAAUAUAUGAGAAAAUCAAUCAAUUCGUAAACGCAAUUAGCUACUUUUCAAACAAACCUUUGAUUGUAGACAACGAUAAUUUGGAAAAUAUUUGGGAUUCGCUCAGCCAACAUGAUAAAGACUUGGUUCCGUUUAAUUUGAGGGUCAUUGAUUGGAAGGAUUAUUUCUAUAACCUGCCUUAUGGCAUUGAGCAAUAUUUGGGUAUUAAGAUGAAAUUUUAAUAUUUAUUUUUUAAAUAAUUUAUACGGAAUAAUAUGGAUACAUUUAGUUAUAGUAUAGUUAUAAUUUA